AGCCUCUGCUCUGCUAAAUCAUCUCCUCCAUCCUCAUACCCAGAAUGCAAAGUGAGACACCGAAUCUCAGUAGCCCGGAGGAGUCUUUCUGGUUAUCAUGGCGAUAAGAGACGCGUCUUCUCCUUGAACCCGCAACGGUCACGAAGGACUCCUUUUCUCCGCUUCAUGAGAACACACGCCGCGUUCCGCGCGGAGUGUGAACCUGCCGGAGUUUUAGCCCGGAUUGGAGGAAGGACAUAGCGAGGGAGCGUCAUGGCAGCGUCGGAGCUGUACACAAAGUCCGCUCGGGUGUGGAUCCCCGACGCAGAGGAGGUGUGGAAGUCUGCUGAACUAACCAAGGACUACAAAAAUGGCGAGGCCUCUCUACAGCUCAUGUUGGAGGAUGGAAAGAUCAUCGAGCACAAACUGGACCCGAAGACGAAGAACCUGCCUUACCUGCGGAACCCAGACAUCCUGGUGGGAGAGAAUGACCUCACAGCUCUCAGCUACCUCCAUGAGCCGGCCGUGCUCCACAACCUCAAAGUUCGCUUCAUCGACUCCAAACUUAUUUACACCUACUGUGGGAUUGUUCUUGUGGCCAUCAACCCUUAUGAGAAUCUGCCAAUUUAUGGAACCGACAUUAUCAACGCCUACAGUGGUCAGAAUAUGGGAGACAUGGAUCCACAUAUCUUUGCCGUGGCAGAAGAGGCAUACAAACAGAUGGCCAGAGACGAACGGAACCAGUCCAUCAUUGUGAGUGGGGAGUCUGGAGCGGGAAAGACGGUAUCAGCAAAAUAUGCCAUGAGAUACUUUGCUACAGUUAGUGGUUCUGCCAGUGAAGCAAACGUGGAGGAGAAGGUUUUGGCUUCCAACCCCAUCAUGGAGGCUAUCGGUAAUGCAAAGACAACAAGGAACGACAACAGCAGCCGCUUUGGGAAAUACAUUGAGAUCGGCUUUGACAAUCGUUAUCGCAUCAUUGGUGCCAACAUGAGGACAUAUCUUCUGGAAAAAUCCCGAGUGGUGUUUCAGGCUGACGAGGAGAGGAAUUAUCAUGUCUUUUAUCAGCUCUGUGCUUCCGCACAUUUACCCGAGUUCAAGAACCUCAGACUCAGUAGUGCAAAUGACUUCCUGUACACCCGACAGGGUCGCAGCCCCGUUAUUGAAGGUGUGGAUGACACCAAGGAGCUUUGCACCACUCGUCAUGCCUUCACACUGCUCGGCAUUAAUGAGUCGUAUCAGAUGGGCUUGUUCCAAGUUUUGGCUGCUAUUCUCCAUCUAGGGAAUGUGGAGAUAAAAGACAGAGAUGCAGACAGCAGUCUUAUUGCUCCCAACAAUCGGCACCUGACGGCUUUUUGCGAGCUGGUUGGCGUAACCUACCAGGACAUGUCCCAGUGGCUGUGCCACAGGAAGCUGAAAACGGCCAACGAGACUUACGUCAAGCCUCUUCCUCGCCUUCAAGCCACCAACGCUCGCGAUGCCCUCUCCAAACACAUCUACGCCAAGCUCUUCAACUGGAUUGUAGAGCAUGUCAAUAAGGCUUUGGUCACUAAUGUGAAGCAGCACUCUUUCAUUGGAGUCCUCGACAUCUACGGGUUUGAAACAUUUGAAAUUAACAGUUUUGAGCAGUUCUGUAUCAACUACGCCAAUGAAAAACUCCAGCAGCAGUUCAACAUGCAUGUGUUCAAGCUGGAGCAGGAGGAGUACAUGAAGGAGCAAAUCCCCUGGACUCUGAUCGACUUCUACGACAAUCAGCCCUGCAUCAACCUCAUUGAAGCAAAGAUGGGCAUCCUGGACCUGCUGGACGAGGAAUGCAAGAUGCCUAAGGGUUCUGAUGAUUCAUGGGCGCAGAAGCUGUACAACACCCACCUGAAGACAUGUUCUCUCUUCGAGAAGCCACGCAUGUCCAACCGCGCCUUCAUCAUCCAACAUUUCGCUGAUAAGGUGGAAUACCAGUGUGAUGGCUUCCUGGAGAAAAACAAGGACACUGUCAAUGCAGAACAGAUCAAUGUGCUGAAGGCUAGCAAGUUUGACCUUUUGGUGGAGCUCUUCCGAGACGAGGAGAAGGCAACCAGCCCCACGGGUCAGACCCCCGGCACCGGAGGCCGCACCCGCCUCAGCAUCAAACCAGACAAGGGUCGGGACACCAGCAGCAAGGAGCACAAGAAGACUGUCGGCUGUCAGUUUCGUAAUUCUCUGCAAAUGCUGAUGGAGACUUUGAACGCGACCACUCCGCACUACGUCCGCUGCAUCAAACCCAACGACUUUAAGCUGGCCUUCUCCUUUGACCCCAAGCGUGCGGUGCAGCAGCUCAGAGCGUGCGGUGUCCUGGAAACUAUUCGCAUUUCUGCUGCAGGAUUCCCGUCCAGAUGGACGUACCAGGAGUUCUUCAGCCGCUACAGAGUACUGAUGAAACAAAAGGACGUUCUCGCAGACAAGAAGAUGACCUGCCGGAACGUUCUGGAAAAACUAGUGCAGGACAAGGACAAGUACCAGUUUGGAAAGACCAAAAUCUUCUUCAGGGCUGGCCAGGUGGCUUACCUGGAGAAGCUGAGGGCAGACAAGCUGCGCGCCGCAUGUAUCCGCAUCCAGAAAACCAUCCGCUGCUGGCUGGCCCGCAAGAAGUAUCUGCGCAAGCGCAGUGCCGCAAUCACCAUUCAGAGGUUCACCCGAGGAUACCAGGCCCGCUGUUUGGCUAAGUUCAUGCGUCGCACUCAGGCAGCUACCAUCAUCCAGAAGUACCAGAGGAUGUGUGUGGAGAGGAAACGCUACAGGCAGAAGCAGGCUGCUGCCCUGGCCAUGCAGACCAUACUCAGGGCUUACAUGGCCCGGCAGAAGUACCAGGCGCUUUUGCGAGAACACAAGGCAGUUAUAAUCCAGAAGUUCAUUCGGGGCUGGUUGGCCCGGUGCUGGUACAAGCGCUGCCUGGAGGCCAUCGUCUACCUGCAGUGCUGCAUUCGUAGGAUGAGAGCCAAGCGGGAGCUGAAGAAGCUGAAGAUUGAGGCUCGAUCAGUCGAACACUUCAAGAAGCUCAACAAAGGCAUGGAGAACAAGAUCAUGCAACUGCAGAGGAAGAUUGACGAGCAGCAUAAAGACAAUCGGUUGAUUAAUGAGAAGCUGGUGAGCUUGGAGAGCUCCUACUCAACUGAAAGUGAGCGGAUGCGCAGUGAGCUGAACCGGCUGCGAGGCGCAGAGGAAGACGCCAGGAACAAAACCAACCAGGUGUCAUCCCUGCUGGAGGAGCUGGAGAGGCUGAAGAAGGAGCUGAGCACCACACAGCAGGAGAAGAAGACCAUCGAGGACUGGGCGCAGACCUACAGGGUCGAAAUGGAGAAGAUGGUUUCGGAGCUGAAGGAUCAGAACGGAACGCUGAAGAAGGAGAAGGACGACUUGAACAGGAUGAUUCAGGAACAGAGUCAGCAGAUGACGGAGAAAAUGGCUCGUGCGAUUGUCCUGGAGACUCAGCAGCUGGAAACGGAUCUGAACGAGGAGCGCUCUCGUUACCAGAACCUGCUCACAGAACACCUUCGCCUCGAGGAGAAGUACGACGACCUGAAAGAGGAGAUGGCUCUGUCUUCGAACGUGUCCAAGCCUGGUCACAGGAGAACCGACUCCACCCACAGCAGCAACGAGUCCGAGUACACGUACAACUCAGAAUACACCGAUUUAGAAGAAGGCUCCCGUGCCCGCGAAGAUGUCACCCGAGGAAUGGACACGUCUUUGACCCUCAAGCUUCAGAAACGCGUUACAGAGCUGGAGCAAGAAAAGCAGUCGCUGCGCAAUGAGCUGGAAAACAAAGAAGAUCAGUUCCAGCGGGCCAGAGCCAGGGAUGAUGCCGAGUUUAAAAAGGCCCGUGGAGCUGAACUGGAGUACGAGUCUCUGAAGCGUCAGGAGCUGGAGUCUGAAAACAAGAAGCUGAAGCAUGACUUGGCAGAGAUGAGGAAAAGCCUGCUGGGUGAUGCAGCCACAGGUGCCGGGGCGCCGGGUUCUCCGGCUUACAAGGUGCUCCUGGACCAGCUGAACGCCUCCUGUGAGGAACUGGAGGUCCGCAAAGAGGAGGUGCUGAUCCUGAGAUCCCAGCUGGUCAGCCAGAAAGAAGCCAUGCACCACAAGGAUGAGAAGGAGACCAUGACGGAGCCGUCUGUGUUUACCGAAGACGUCUCCAAACUGAAAGACGCGGGUGAAAUAAAGCAAGCUUACAUCAGCCUCAAAGACACCAACAAAUCUGCUGCUCCAGACUUGCAUAAGCUGAAUGAGGACGGGGAGCUGUGGCUGGUUAAUCAGGGCUUAAAGGAGACCAUCAGGUUGCUGGAGCACCAGCUGCAGAGUCAGCGGAGAACGUACGACAACGAGGUGGAGUCGCUGCGCGGCGAACUGCAGAACGUCAAGGAGGAAAACAACCGGCAGCAGCAGCUGCUGGCUCAGAACCUCCAGCUGCCUCCAGAGGCCCGAAUCGAAGCCAGUUUGCAGCAUGAGAUCACCCGGCUCACCAACGAGAACCUGGAGCUCAUGGCAGACGACCCCACAGCAUCCCAAGAGGCUCGAGUCAUCAUUUUACGGCGGAUGGUUGACCUUAUGGAGCAGCUGGAGAAGCAGGACAGAACCAUCCGCAAGCUCAAGAAGCAGCUGAAGGUUUACUCCAAGAGGAUUGGAGAAAUGGGAGCGGUACAGAUGGAGGGGCAGACAUCUCCAGGCCAGAUGGUAGACGAGCCCAUCCACCCUGUCAACAUCCCCCGCAGGGAGAAAGACUUCCAAGGAAUGCUUGAGUACAAGAAAGAGGAUGAGAUGAAGCUGGUCAAGAAUCUGAUCCUGGAGCUGAAGCCUCGCGGUGUAGCCGUGAACCUGAUCCCAGGUCUGCCGGCUUACAUUCUGUUCAUGUGUCUGCGACACGCAGACUAUCUGAACGAUGACCAGAAGGUCCGCACGCUGCUCACGUCAACAAUCAACAGCAUUAAGAAGAUCUUGAAGAAACGAGGAGAUGACUUUGAGACCGUGUCUUUCUGGCUGUCCAACACCUGCCGCUUCCUGCACUGUCUGAAACAAUACAGCGGAGAUGAGGCCUUUGCGAAGCACAACUCAUCCAGGCAGAACGAACACUGUCUGACCAACUUUGACCUGGCAGAGUACAGACAGGUCAUCAGUGACCUGGCCAUCCAGAUCUACCAGCAGCUGGUCAAGUGCAUGGAAAACAUCCUGCAGCCCAUGAUAGUGUCUGGCAUGUUGGAGCACGAAACCAUCCAGGGGGUGUCGGGCGUGAAGCCCACAGGUCUCCGAAAGCGCACGUCCAGCAUCGCUGACGAGGGCACGUACACGCUGGAGUCCAUCCUGAGGCAGCUGAGCGCCUUCCACUCCACCAUGUGCCAGCACGGCACCGACCCCGAGCUCAUCAAGCAGGUGGUGAAGCAGGAGUUCUACAUCAUCGGAGCCGUCACCCUCAACAACCUGCUACUGCGCAAAGACAUGUGCUCCUGGAGCAAAGGCAUGCAGAUCAGGUACAAUGUGAGCCAGCUGGAGGAGUGGCUCAGAGACAAAGGUCUGAUGAACUGUGGAGCCAAAGAGACGCUGGAGCCUCUGAUCCAGGCCGCUCAGCUGCUGCAGGUGAAGAAGAAGACGGACGAGGAUGCUGACGCCAUCUGCUCCAUGUGCCACGCCCUCACCACCUCUCAGAUCGUGAAGAUCCUGAACCUCUACACUCCAGUAAAUGAGUUUGAGGAGAGAGUAUCUGUUGCUUUCAUUCGAACCAUACAGACUCGCUUGCGAGACCGCUGUGAGAGCCCCCAGCUCCUCAUGGAUACUAAAAUGAUCUACCCGGUCACCUUCCCCUUCAACCCCUCCUCCCUGGCUCUGGAGACCAUCCAGAUCCCCACCUCCCUCAACCUGGGCUUCCUCACCCGAGUCUAACCCAAACCACCGGACCGGUCCCAUCCCUGCAGCAGCCACAGUUCUCACUGCAUGUCCCAUGACGGGGGUAAAAUGUUCCCCCUAAAAAAAAAAAAAAAACGUACGUCAAUCAAUAAAUAAAAUGUACAGAUUUUACAAUUAAAAAUUCAGUCUUGAGGAUGAAUAAGGAAAUGUUCAGACAUGCACACACGAGAUGUAGUUCUUAAACACGGGCUAGACUACAUGUGUACAGUAAGAACACACAUGCACAAACACACAGCUGCUGGUUCCAAUCCACCCGCUUCAGUCAUCGCUUGUAUUAAAGCCUUCAGCAUAGAGGAGCCAUCCAUCCACUUCUGCUCUUCACUGUCAUCUGGGUCUGCCCUACCGCUCAUGAGUGUGGUCUCCACCUCUCGUCUGUGUUUCCAGUAAUGUUUAAAGUAUUAGUCAAUGUCGUGAGGUUCUCCACCGAGGAUCCGCCCACUAAGACCUGAAGGAGGAGCCGCCUGUAGUCAGGCUGGAUUUCUGAGUCCUGAGAGAUGACAUCUUUACUGUGUGAGCACAGUCAUAUCAUCUGUACUAUAUAUUUAUACAUAAAUAAAUCUAUAGAAAUAUGAAUAAUAUAUUCCACGAAUUUUAUUUAUUGCUUUUGCUUCCGUUCUGCCUUUGUCCUUUUAAGAUCCCUGCAGAGUGAAGGUCAAACCUCUGAAGAGCUUUAGUUCAUUCGCAUCAGGAUAGUAUUUAUCAGGACGAGUUCCUGCAGAGGAUCGCCGGCUAAGCCGCGUCCUGAGCGCCGACGUUUGUGUGAAGUGUAGCGCGGGUUUUUAGUGAGGAGACGUUUGGGAACCUGCUACCACGUUUACAGCUGUGACCAGAGCCGAGAGGAAACACACGAAUGCAGCCCUGUAUGCACAACGCCGCUCUGCUUUUUGUCUCUUCUGGUCAGAGCCUUGAAAACUUGUUUGCCAUUAUCAUUUUGUAAAUAUAUUUUUUUUUACUUUAUGUGUUGUAGAGCCAUAUGUAUUACUGAGCAGACUGAAUAGAUGUUUUUGGCAGAAAUUGCCUCUUAUGUUUUCAGCUUUACAACAAUUCAGCUCUGUGGGCUGACUCCUCCCACAUCCAGCCUCCUCAUCCUCUAUUGGUUCAUAGCACAACUUUAGCUACGACCAAACAAGAGAUUGAGCUGAAAUUCUUAUCUUAAAUCUGCUAAAUUCAUAUCUAUAUUUAAUGUUUUAAUUCAAACAUGCAACAACUCCAGUUUAGAAAUGUGUCACAAACUUCCUGUAUUUUUCUUGCAUUUUAUUGUCAUUGGAAGCAAACAUUUAAGAAAACAAAAAGAAGCUAAAGACAUAUCAGAAAGAAAAAGUUUUCUUCAUCUCGUCUCCCAUUUCUCAGCGCUUUCUUUUUGUCAUCUGACUUUCUGUUUAGAGCAACAAACGGUUUGUGGUGAGAGAACAAAUCUGCCGAAGUGAAGGAAACAUGAAUGUUCUGAAGAAUUCUCAUUUAGCUGCAUACCAUUGUAGUGGAAGCCUUAUCUGAUUUACUUGCUCUCUGAAUGAAUUCCACACAUCAGCAUUGUGGCAUUGUUGUGUUCUGUCAUUGCAGUAUUGUUUUGGAUGAUAUGUUCCCCUUUUAUUUUGGCGGUGCAUCCUCACGAGUUGUGCCCCCCCCUUCCCUUCAGCCUGAAUGCACUUUUUUGACCCUGCAGAGGAAACGUGAUAAAUAAUAGAUGGGUUUGAGACCUAAAAAUACAAACUUCACAGCUUUAGUUUUCUCUUGGUUUCCUGCUGCGUUUGUACACCGUUCUUGUAGCAUGUCUUCAGCGGGACGGAAGCUUUUCUGCCAUCAGUUAGAUAAGAUCUAUGGUCAAAGGAGCAGCUCAGACUCUAGGAGGAGAAACUGCCCUAGUUUUUGAGGCAGAGGCCGCUCUACUUCCUUUAGCCUCAAAUUCAAGCUUCAAUAUGACGUUAUAAAUGACCAUAGUUCCUAUAAGCACUCUGAAUUAUUGUUCCAUUUUAAAAACUGAAGACACGACUCUCACACCAGCUGCUGUGCUACUGGUGUGAACACUGAAAGGAGUAUUGGAAGUUUUCCUCUCUGAACCCCCAUGUGUACAUUUGACAAACUGGACUGUUUGUAGUUCCUGGUAGCUGUGCUUUGUGAACGUGUUCACCCCAACUUGGAAUAAACUGUCAACUCUGUAAAAGUACAAAUAAAAGAAUCCAGCACUGUCA